AUGAAGUCACGUUCAAGCGCUUCAGGAACGUCUUUUUCAGUAGCGACUUCAUCCAGAUCAAGGAUUUCGAUUGUUGUUGUAGGUGUGAGCAUCUUAACUAUACAAAUACUCUUGGUGGAUACCUUAACAGCCUCGGUGAAAACGCUGAUUUGGUCUUGCGACCCAUUUCCAGCAGUACACCCCCAUUCUUCGUCUGAGAUCCGCGUAAGUUCGCCCUUCAGCUGGUUGGACGAGGAGUUUUGUUUGGGUAAUCCCAAACAGACCCUAGUUCUAAUGAACUAG